AUGCUCAUCACUACAAUGGCCUCUCAACAACCAGUUCAACCUAAAAAAAAUUCAAAAUCAAGAAAUGGUUGUUUAACUUGUAAGAAGAAAAGAUUAAAAUGUGAUGAAACAAAACCUCAUUGUUUGAAUUGUACUAAAAAAAACAUUUCAUGUGGUGGUUAUUCAACUAAUUUUAAAUGGAAAAGUUUUGAAGAGACAACUACAAGUCAAAAGAUUAAGAAACAAAGAAAAUCAAGUAUUAGUGAUGUAAAUAAUACUACGGGGAAACCUUCAAAAGAAUUAUCAAAAUCAAUGGAAAGAGCAAUGUCUGAACCAAAUUCAAAUAUUUUCCAAUCUGCUUUACAAAAAGCUUCAAUAUCAAUAGCUGGUAAAACAUUCCAAGAAUUAGCAAGACAAAAUGAAUUAAUGUCAAUGGGGAUGAAUCCAAAUUUAAAUUCAAAUAUUGAAGAUCUAAGUACUGGUUCAUCAGGUCCUUCAUCAAGAAGAUCAUCACAACCUUACCCUUUGAUUAGAACAAUGAGUGAAGGUUCCAAACCAAAAGAUUUAAACCAUCAAGAUAUAUCAUUACCAAAAUUAGAAUUACCUGGUUUACAACCAGGCAUACAACAUCAAAAAAUACCAAUUUUACCAAAAUUAAUGGAAUAUGAUCUUGAUCCAUUAACAACAAAUCAAAAUACAUCGGCAAUAAUUGAUGAUGAUGAAGAAUUAUCCCUUGAAGAAGAUCCUAAAAAUUUCAAAAGAGCUUCAUCAGUUGAUUCUAUAUUCAAUUCUGAUUCAAUUGAAAGCUCCCUAGAAUUAUUUCAAUUUCAAAAUGCAUUUAAACAAUUCCAUUUAGACUUACCUGAAAAAUUCCUUAUAAAUACAUCACCAUCAAAUUUUAAUCAAGAAUUUAAUAAAAUUUCAACUGCAUUUCAUAAUUUCACAUCACCAAUAAUGACAGUCAAGACAUUUUCAGAAAAUCCAUGGCAAACAUACAUAUGGCCAAUGGCUUUGGAACAUAGUGUUUUAUUUAAAGCUAUUGCAGCAAUGACAAUGGCUCAUUUGGGUCGUACAGAUCCUGACCUCAAACAACAAUCAACGGUUUAUAUGAAACAAAGUAUUAAUGAAUUAGCUCAAGGUCUUACUAAUAAUUCAAUAUCAAAUGAUGUUGCCUUAGCUACAUGUUUUACAUUAUCAGUUACAGAAUCUUGGUAUACUCAAAUAACAACAGGGAUUGCUCAUUUAAGAGGUGCAAGAUCAAUAAUACAAAAAGUUUUCAAAGAAGAAGAUGUUACUCAAUUAUCACCAGCUUUCAAAUGGUUAUGUGCAAGUUUUAUUUAUCAUGAUGUUCUUUCCAAAUUGGUUAGCUCAACAUUAAUUGAUUCAAAUACUUAUGAUGAAGAUUCAUUUUUUUUCAAACAUUUAAAAACUGUUAAGAAUCCUUCUGCAAGAGAUUUUUUAUUACAUCCCGAGGAUUUAGAAUCACCAUCAACUUCAGAAUCUAUUUAUUUUUCAAUGGAUGAUAUUGAUCCAUUAUUAGGAUGUGCUCGUGAUUUAUUCUUUAUUAUAGGUCGUACAGCUACUUUAAUAACAAAAUUUAAAACUCAUAAGAAAACUCUUGAAAUGGUUUCAAAUGCUGUUCAUUAUCAAAAUGAAUUAUUAAAUUGGAAACCAAAUAUGCAAAAUUUCUCUAAAAAUUUAGCAUCAGAUCCUUAUUGUGAUUCAAAUUCACUUAUAUCAACAGCUGAAUCAUAUCGUUAUGCAACAUUGUUAUAUUUACAUCAAGCAAUUCCUGAAAUUCCAUCACAAAGUUCUAAAACUUUGGCAAAGAAGAUAUUGAUGCUCUUAGCUUCAAUUCCAACAAAUUCCAGGACUGGAUUAAUUCAUAUUUUCCCCUUACUUGUGGCAUCAUGUGAAAUGGAUGAACCUGAAGAUCGCCUUUGGAUAGAAAAUCGUUGGUCCAUUCUAUCCAAGAUGAUGUUAUUAGGUAAUUUAGAUCGUGCUCAUGAAAUUGUUAAAGAAGUUUGGAAAAGAAAAGAUGAAAGAAUAAGUAUUAGAAGUGGUUCAACAACUCCAAAAAUUGAAGUUGGUGGUAAUACAAGUGGUGGUUCUGGGGUUAAUGAUUGGGGGAUUGAAAAAAGAAUUGAGAAUCUGAUUGGGGAUGAUGAUGAUUUAGAGCAAAAGGGGAUUAAUUCAAGGACUCAUUGGAGUUGUAUUAUGAAAGAAUGGGGGUGGGAAGUGUUGUUAGGUUAA